AUGCGCAGGUGUACCGAUUCAGAAUUUACCCUCAACUGGGAACCUCUUGUGGCCAGGAUGGGUAAUUCGAUGGAAGUGUCACAAGGUUCUGUGUAGGAUCGACUCGAAGAGGUGUUCUCGGGACUGACACACAUUGUGUCCAUGGGAAAAUGUCCAAGUCAGGAGAAAAAGUGUGCACCCCAGGAGAUUCGAACCAGCAUCCAGCUGACG